CUGUCAGUACGAAUUAAAAGCGUCUCGAGUACGAAUACACGGCAAGGCUAAACUUAUAAAUAUAUGUAUAUACAUAUUUAGAUAAGUAAAUGAAAAUUAGUGAAGUUAACACACAAACACACACGGAUACCCUCGUUUAUUAGUUGAGCUGAGACUUGAGACUUCGUCAGUGUUAGCGAAGCGUAGCAGUGUGCGGCAGCAGUUCAGAAGGAGUUAAAGAGCGCAAGCGAAACGGGUCGGUCGUUGUAAGGAUUAAAAGUUAAGGAGCUCAAAAUGGAGAUUUUACCAAUUAGAGUGUCGUAUGUCGCGUUGGUUGUGCUAGUUGCAUGUGUGCUGUUGGCGCAAGCACGUCCGCAGGCGCCUGAACAACCAGAGCCGUAUGAAUAUCAAUAUGAGGUGAAGGAUCCCGAGAAGGAAUUAUUCUUCAACAAGAAUGAGGCAGGCGAUGCUGCAGGAAAAGUCUCCGGUCAGUACUCUGUAUGGCUGCCAGAUGGACGACUAAUGACGGUCGCCUACACAGUUGAGGGUGAAAAUGGUUUUGUGCCUAAAGUGUCAUUUGACACAACAAAUCCACUGGGUUAAAAUGCUAUUAAACUAUACACACGCACACAUACGAAGAAGCAGAAAAAGAGGAAACCGCCUACAAAAACGUGAAACACUCAAAUGGAAAACGAAAAUAUGAAUGGUGAUGGAACUCAAGCAAAACAAUAAAAUAAUAGUAAUAACAAUAAUAAACGACAAUGAAAUUAAAUUUGAACUUUUAGUGAGAAAGAAGAAUAAAACUUAAAUAUAUAAAUAAUUAGUUAAUAUAUUUAGUUAGGUGGCAAUAUGCAGAGGACGAAUAAGAUAUUGCAUAUUUAAGAAAGCAACAACACACACAUACACAUAUGUAUAAAGAAAUAUUUUUAUGUAUAUACAGGCAUACGCAGACAGACAUAAUACAUAGGUACGCAUAUAAGCAUUGAAAUGAUAUAUAUAUGGAGGACUUACAUACAUACACGUAACAUAAUAUUAAAUUAAAGGCUUGUGCAGCAACAGCAACAACAACGGCAACAUUUUCUUCGCUACAAACUAUUAAAUUUUAAUCCUUAGAUGCAAACAUUGUAUAUAAAAUUUGUAUAUAUGAUUUUUUUCUUUGAAACCCUACGCAUACGUACAUACAUAAACUCUUCAACUUUACUUUUAUUUCCUUUCACUUACUUUUUCAAUAUGAAUCUAAAUAACUGUAACAUAUUUUAUAAAUAUUAUAUUGUUAAUAUUUUUUUUUGUAUAUUUGUAAUAAUUGUACAACAUCUUCUUCGCUUUAUGCGCCGAAAGCGUUCAUCACUAUGUACCUUUUGAUGUUAUAAAUUUAUAAAAAUCAAAAAACAACUUACAUGCAUACGUAUAUACUGAUAUUUGUUACAGUUACAAUAUAAGUAUAAGUGGAAAAUGGCUCAUUUAUAAAAAUAAUAAAGGAUUUAUAGUUAAAAGAGACCCCGAUAUA